CACACCUGUAAAUCAGCUGUUUUUGAAUCUCAUGUGGCCUAACUGUCAAAUGUCUUAAUCUACUUCAAACUACUCUAAACAAUUUAAAAGGCAGCACGGAGACUGUAUUUUCGGUUUCAUAAAGCUUCUUUUAAGAAACUAUUCUUCAUAAACGUUCAAAAUUCUAGUGGAUUUUAUUAUGUUAAGUUUACUGACGUGGUCUUGCAUAGAAAUAGAAACAAGCGUAAAGGGAGCAGAGAUAAGUCAUAUAAUCUAUUUUUAUAAAAUAGUGUUUGUCAUAAACAGUCUUUCCCGAAUUUGUAAUAAAUUUUUAAUAAAUAUAUUUGCUAGAAUUAUUUCACUUAUUUAAGUAGAAAUGACAGAACAAUUGCCACCUGAAGUAACUAAACACAGUUUUCGUCAACGUAUAUGGGAUUAUUUGACGAAAAAUGAAUUAGUAAACUUUCCUCUCAAUGUAUACGAUCGUAUACCAAAUUUCAAAGGUGCCAAUGAAGCAGCCCUACGGUUAGCAGAGCUGGAAGAGUUUAAGAAGGCUAGAGUUAUAAAGAUAAAUCCAGAUAAGCCACAAGAGCCUGUGAGAUUCUUAGCACUGGAGGCUAACAAAGAAAUAUUGGUACCAAUUCCAAGAUUAAGAUCAGGUCUGUUUCUUCAUGUUACACCAGUGGCCGGCUUGUCAAAGAAUGAGUUGAGAACAUUGUCAAAAAUUCAUGGUCUAAUGGAAACUGGCAAACCACUUGGAGUGGACUCUAAUAUAAAGGUGGACCUAGUAGUUCUGGGAUCUGUGUGUGUCAGUCGAGAUGGGUACAGAUUGGGUAAAGGCAAAGGAUUUGCAGAUUUAGAGUUCGCCAUGAUGAUGAGAAUGGGUGCAGUCACCCAAGAUACCACGGUUAUCACAACUGUGCACGAUUGCCAAAUUGUUGAUAGUCUUCCACCAACAUUGUUUAAAGAAUACGAUGUACCUGUAGACAUAAUUGUUACACCAACCCAAACGAUAAUAGUAAACCCAAGAUUACAGAAACCAACUGGCAUAAUAUGGCACAUGCUUACAGAGAGGAGACUGAAAACUAUGCAGGUACUGCAACAGCUGAAAGAGAUGGAUGAAAAAGAUGGCAAAGUAAUAACCCUGAAGGAGGAGGAUGAUUCUGAGUAUGUGAGAUAUAAGAGACCAUUUAGAACAAAGAGAAAUACUUUUCCUGGUAACGAUGGUUGCGAGGAAGAAGAGAAAGAGAAACCUGUAAGAACACGGUUUCCAAGGAGACGUGGAUUUCGUGAAGUGAAAACGGAGGGCGACACUAAUGUAUCCUCCAACGAGGUAGAGGAGAAGCUGCAAAACGGUGUUAAAAAUGCGCAAUCGCGCCAGAGAAAUCCGAGGCCAAAGUCCAAAUCGCAAAUAGAAUUCUCUUUAAAGCUGUCGAAUAUAUCAUCCAGCGCAAGAAUACGCGAUUUAAAAAACGCUUUGCUAGAGCGCGGAGUUAAGCCAAAUGAAAUCAUUUGGCAGGGCUGUCGCGGGAUUUGUUAUCUUCACUUUAAUAAGCUGAAGAAGAAAAGUGAUUCACCGGAGCAACCAAUACAGGUCGACUCGAUAAUGGGAAACUUGCGAGAACUCCGUAUCGGUGAGUCCACUGGCAACGAGACCGAUUUCAUAAUAGUAGAACCUGCCAAACCAAUCUCGAGAAUUGAAGUCACCGAUGUGUCUUCUGUUUGAGAGACAGUACUUUCUGGGAACAAUUAUUUCAAAUAAUACAUAGAGUGUUCCAAAUUUUAACGGUUAACGUGUGACAACAGCCAAAAAUAAGACAGAUAUUUAUACAUGUACGCAACUCCGUGAACUCUGUGAUAACAAAUGUUAUCAUAAGUACGGGGUGUUUGAAGCUGGAAAUGGUAAUGGGUUUGACUUCUAAGGAACACACCUGUAUAGUUUUCAUAAGGACCCAUACUACUCUAUAUAUUGUUUAUAUAAUUGUAAAACUUUUGUCGCGACCCGACAAUUAUUUUUUAUAGCGUUUCUAACGAAGAGUGUUAUAAUUUUCACGAAUCGGUAGCCAUUUAUAACAUUUUCAAAAUACGCAGAGCUUUACGAGCAAUUCGAGACGCAAGUAUACGUAAAUAUUAAGCGCAAGGUAAUCUUCAUUAUUGUACAUAAUUAAUUUGUUAAGGCAUUUAACUUAUAAGGAUAACGGUAGUCUAUCCAGAGAAAGACUAACAAGCUUUACGUUUCUAUGUAUGUGAAUUAUCGCGAGUUUAGUUAAACGAAAUCAAACGUAUAUUUUUUAUUUAUGCUCGAUUAACGUGUCCAUGACAAUAUUAUAGUUUCUAAUCGUUUCAAUAAUAAUUACUGUGAUUACCUAAGGAAUAUUUAACAUUAAGGAUAGUGGGUUUGAAUGAUUUCUUGCGUGGCCUGUUACCGAAAGCCAAAGGGCCAACAUGCAUAUCCAUGUAGCAUUCGAUAACGCUUAUCUGACCCUACAGACUGAUGAUGAUAGAUUAAUUAAUCGUUAAACAAGACUUCCCCUGUGAAAAAGUGUGCAUCUGAGUAUUGAUAUCGUUGCGACCAAUGAGUAUUUGAACGUCUGUCAUCGUUAGAAUACACACAGAUUAAUCUGAAUCGAAUCGAUUAUUCUGACAAGGAUUGAUCAACGUAUGAGCCAUCAAGGAUAUCUUAAGCAUUCGUUUCCACGAUUUACCGAUUGAUCCAAUAACGUACAAAUCAUUUCCAUCGUAGCCAUGUUAAUCUCGCUGAUUCAAUACUUUUUGCCGGGGAUAGUGAUCGAGGGCAUUCGAGAAUGAAACAAACAUCGGGUACAUUAUUUUUCUCGGAGAAUAUUUUCCCAGAGGGUAGAUAGAAAUAUGAAAUUCAUUCUAUUUUCAUGCUGACAUAGUCUUACCUAUAGUGAACAUUACAGUGUUGAGAGACGACGAUGAGAAAGAAUGUAACGCACGAAUGAAUCUUGCCGCUCGGCCCGUACACCGGGCGCGCUACGAGUGGCAAGAAUCACGCGGUGCACAAUUGUAGUUUGUGUGCUAGUAUGAUAAGAAGCAAUAUUUUUGUGAUAUUAACAAACACGAUCUAUCGUUCUCAGAGAUCAUAGAUAAUCAUUACCAUUGUUGGUUUUUGUUAUUGCCGCAGCUAUUGUCGAUAAUAGGCAGGAAAGGUACUCUGUAUCCGCUGGUCGAGUCUUUGAUACAGGAGGUCCAUUUUUUGUGAACUUAUUUUCGAGUAAGA